UUUGUGAUAAGAGUUUUGAGAUUGUUAGGGUUUUGAGUUGUACUAGAAUAUAAAGACUCUCUUUUGAUAAACACAGUGAGGUCUUAGAUCAGUGCAGCUGAUAAAAAUAAUACUCUAUUAUAUUACAACCAUAAGCGCAAUUCAAACCUGUGUAGACAAAAGCAACAAGUAUUGAUAUGAUGCAGCUAAUUCCCCUUGAGGUAAUUUAUGAUUUUCCUAGGUCAACCAAUAUAUGAUUUUCAAGGAAUUAAGAGUAGGGAAAUGUUUUCCAAUAAAUGGACGCGUUGAGUGGAAGACUGUGGGUACCUUUCGUGAUUAUUUUGGGGAGAGGGAGUUACACUUUCACUGUGAUCUUUUAGAUAUUUGAGAAGGUUUGAUCGACUGGACUAGUUGAUUUGCCUGAUGUCGCUUUAAUAAUUGGUUACAUUGUUGAUCAAUGCAAAGUAAGGUUUGGUUGGGUGCAGAAAUUUUGGUGCAAUAGUUGUAGUUAAAAUGAAGAUAAGUAGAGAAAAAGACAGAAUAUGAAGUGCAUUUACAGGCUCUUUUGGAUGUGGAGCAUAUGGUGCGAUGGGCUAGUUAAAUCAGCAGAAAAGUAAAGAGUAGUUGACUUGGUUGGUGGUCAGAAGGGCCUGUUUGACACAAGAAGUAUUAAAGAAAAACGGACAGAUCAUGGUCACUUUUCUUUAAUGUCACUACAAAAUGGACCAUGCCUGAGAACACCGCAGAUUUGUUGAGCUGCUAGAUUAGAAGAGGAGGAAGGAAGAGCCAAAAGAAAUGGUGGGGUAAUAGUCCGACACUACAUUUGGUGGGCAGUGUGGAAGGAAAGGAAUAGUAGAAGCUUUGAAGAUAGGUCCAAUUCCAUUCACAUAGUUAAAUGGAAUUGUAUUGUAUCUUUUUACUUUUGGUGUAAAGAAAAAGAUAUAGGGGAAAUAGAUCUUGUAGAUUUCUUAGGCUCUCUGUUUUGAACUCAAGGGAAGAAGAUGCAUCCGCCUUUGACUCUGCAUAGGCACCCUUUAUGUGCUGAUAUAAUUGAAGAGUUUCAGAAGUGUCAUACAGACCACCCACUAGGGAAAUUCCUGGGGCAAUGCACAGAUCUGAAAAUAAAGCUUGACAGGUGCUUCAGGCAGGAAAAAGCUAUAAAGAGGAAAGCAAAUUUUGAACAGAGCAAGAAGUUGAAGGAGAGGCUCCAGGCUUACAGGAAGGAAACUGCUGACCUGCAAUCAUGAUGGUAAUAAGAGUUUUUUUUUUUCAAGACACUGUUGUGCACUAUUCCAACACAUGAAGGAAAGUUUAACGGUUGGGGUUUAUCGGAGAAAGAUUGGUGAAUAGAAUUGUCAUUUGUCUAUUCUGAUGUUUUCAUCGAUCUCCAUUAUUUAUGUUAGUUGAAGUGGAAUAAGAUGUAUAGACACAAGAAUUGAUAAAUUAUAGAAGCAACUGAUCAGACCAUUC